AUGGAGACGUUUGGCAUGAGCAUUGGGGGCAUGGAAGGCCAAGUGGGUGAAGAGAUCGGUAUGUGGGAGGUCAAAUACGCACGAGAAAAGGGCAAAGGGUUGUUUGCAAAGAAAGAUAUCGCCGGGAUCUUUCCAGGCGAGAGCUUGAUUGUGCAGACUCCUGUGCUGUUCGUCGCUAAGCAGAUACUGGAAAUUCCGGAGAUGCCGAGGCCACAGCUCGUGUUGAAGCAGGCAGUCGAUCAGUUGCCGACAAAAACUAGAGAGAUGGUCAAGAAAUUGGACGUUAAUGUGGAUGGCACCGUCGAAGACAUCGUCGUGACGAACGGCAUUGCUGUGAAAUGGCCAUGGGUUGACGAGCUGCCCCAGCUUUUGGCAGUUAUUCCCGAGGCCGCGCGCAUCAAUCAUGCUUGUCGACCCAACACUCUAUGGCGUUUCGACGACUACACCCUCUCAUUUGAAGUCUUCGCUCUCAGAGACAUCAAGCCCGGGGAAGAGAUUACGAGAAGCUAUGGCUUCGAAAAACGUGCUCGCCGACGUCGCGUGAAGUCUAUAGAAGCAAACUUCGGUUUCACCUGCAUCUGCCCUCUAUGCACCGCAGACGACGACGCAACAAUGGCGUCCAAUGACCGCCUCUCCGAAAUCAAAGCCCUGAAGUCCGUUCUACCUACCGACCCAGAAGAUUCACCACAGCUUCUCGGCCUUCUCCCCAAACUCAUUGAGCACCUGGAAGAGGAAGGGCUCCUAACCGAACUACCCCAGUACGAAGAGAUCCUAGCGUACACGUGGAGUAGUUUCGGAAUCGAGGAUCGUGCGAAGUACUGGGCGGGCAGGGCGCAGAAACAUUGGGCUGUUGUAGCUGGUAAAGAGAGCUGGGAGCAGAGGAGGUGUGGGGAGUUGGAGGCGAAUGUUAGGGGCCAUCAGACCUGGAUGACGUGGAAGGGCGAUCCUUGGGAGGGUGUUGGUGAGGGGCAUCCGUGGGAUGAGAAGGAGGGGGAUGGACAUGAUCAUGAUCAUGAGCAUGCACAUGAGCAUUAA